UUUUAUGUACAUACAUAUAUCAUGGCAUUUCCGGUCUUCUGGCUUUCCUGUAGGCAUGAUUCCAUUCCAUCAUUCUUCUUUGUUUCCAGGGGAAGUGGCAAUUCGGUACAAUAAAUAAAUAAAUUUAUUUAUUUGUAUGUGUGUGUGUGUCUCUGUCAUCAUCUGCCAUGCACUUUACUCGCAACCAGUUAUGUUGGAAAGGGAAUAAAGAGGGUAGGAGCUGGCUUUGUUUUUGUCAUUUUCCCUGUCCUCUUAAAAUGAUUCAACCUAGUUAGUUGUUUUUUUUUCCUACCAACUCUUCCACUCGUAUUUUUUAUCAUGUGUUAUGGUGAAUUACUUUUUCUUUAAUCUGUUAACAAUGGAGAGAUCGAGUCUUUUUCAGAAGGAUUAAUUAAUUAAUAGUAGGAAUGCUAUAUCUACAUGUUCUGCUUUUAGUGAAGCACAAGGAGUGAAGAAAUGUAGCCCACAGGACUCUGCAGUACAGCCCCAAUAUGCCUUUUCCUCUUUUCCUUUUGUUUUGCUGAGAAGGGGGAAGAGAACACACACAAUCAUUAUAGAUGGGGUUUGGUAAAGUUAGUUCAAGACUAGCCAGCUCAGAUUUCUGGAGAAAUAUAGUAUUAUUAUGAAAUGAAUGCGUGUGGGUGUGAAGUGUCCUUUUUCUGACUGUCUGCUAAUGAAUAGAUAUUUUAGUGCGUAUGCAGCAUCAUCUAGGGUAACGUUUGGUUCUGUUCCAGAAUAAUAUUUGUUAUGUUUAGCCUUUACUUAUCUUACUUGCCACUAAUAUUAAGCAUGUGGAUGUGAUUCGAAGAUUUCCUUGCCCUUUCACACCUUGACUAGUAUCCUUGAAAUUUUGACUGUUUUCUGCUUUUUUAUGUUAUCUCUCCAAGGAAAAGAAAAGUGGUUUUUCUAUCUCGGCUUUGGUUGCCAUUCUUAGGGGUCUCAUACGCGUACAUGGGUGCAUGAUAUGGAGAUAAUGGAAUCUACAAGGCCUUCAUGUUUGGGAACCCGAGUGUAUUCGUAACAACACCUGAAGCAUGCAGAAGAGUAUUAAGUAACGAUGAUGCAUUUAAGCCUGGAUGGCCAAUUUCCACACUGAAGCUUAUCGGAAGGAAAUCCUUCAUUGAUAUUUCUGAUGAAGAGCACAAGCGCCUUCGCCGCCUGACGUCCGCUCCUGUCAAUGGUCAUGAAGCGUUGUCCGUUUACAUUCCAUAUAUAGAAGAAAAUGUGAUAGCUAUGUUGGAAAAAUGGACCACAAUGGGGAAGAUCGAGUUCUUGACUCAAGUGAGAAAACUUACCUUCAAAAUAAUCAUGUAUAUAUUUCUUAGCUCUGAGAGUGAGGUGGUCAUGGAGGCUUUGGAGAAGGAUUACACCACUCUUAAUUAUGCAGUCAGAGCCAUGGCGAUCAAUCUUCCUGGAUUCGCUUACUAUAAAGCAUUGAAGGCCCGCAAAAGACUUGUCGAUAUAUUCCAAUCUAUAGUGGAUGAGCGUAGAAAUUUAAGGAAGAACGGUGCUCUUAACGCAAAGAAGAAAGACAUGAUGGACUCUCUGUUGGGUGUUGAAGAUGAAAAUGGUAGGAAAUUGACUGAUGAAGAAAUCAUAGAUGUAAUUUUGAUGUACUUGAAUGCAGGCCAUGAAUCCUCUGGCCAUAUCACAACAUGGGCUACUAUUUUUCUCCAGGAACAUCCAGAAUUUCUCCAAAAAGCUAAGGAAGAGCAAGAACAGAUUGUAAAAAAGAGGUCACCAGCACAAAAGGGAUUGUCACUUAAGGAAGUUCGAGAAAUGGAUUAUCUUUCCAAGGUGAUUGAUGAAACACUUCGUUUGAUCACAUUCUCGCUUACUGUUUUCCGAGAAGCAAAAACAGAUUUCAGUAUAAACGGAUACAUCAUUCCAAAGGGUUGGAAAGUUCUGGUUUGGUUCAGGACAGUUCAUUUGGAUCCAGAAAUCUAUCAAAAUCCAAAGGAAUUUAAUCCUUCAAGAUGGGAUAAUUACACCCCCAAAGCAGGGACUUUCCUUCCUUUUGGAGCUGGAAGCAGGCUGUGCCCUGGAAAUGAUCUUGCCAAGCUUGAAAUAUCUAUUUUUCUGCAUUAUUUUCUUCUUGAUUAUAGGCUCGAACGUGAAAAUCCUGAAUGUCGUUGGAUGUUCCUCCCUCAUACAAGACCAACAGACAACUGUGUGGCUAGAAUCAAGAGAGUGUCAUCCACAUCUGUAUAAGAAGCAAGAGAAAGGGCAUGCAUUUGUAGGUGCUAUGAGAAAAUAAUAAUAAUAAUAAUAAACUUUUAGAAUUUUGGUUCAUUAGCUGGAUACGUUGUUAGAAGUAGAUAAGCCUUUUUUGUGCUCCUUCAUUCCAUGCAUAUAUAUCAAGAAAGUUUCCCUCGUA